AUGGCAACGACACACACCUCCGUGCCAGAAGGCCUCAUUCCCCUCCUCGAAUCUCACCUCCCAAAUUCCCUCGUCCUCCUCCGCCGCCUCCAAUUCACCCGCUUCAAAGACGGCAAGCGCCCAACAGCCCGCAUCAUCCUAGCAUCAGACGCACCACUCCCUUCAACCACCUCAUACCAAGACGGCGAAACAUCAGACCAACAGCAACGCAACUUCUGCGCAGCAUACCUCGACUUCGGCAGCACCAAAGAAACCCAACUCUUCAUGUACUCAACUCUCGAAGACACCCCCAACAAAUCUCUCACGGACGAAGAUAAGAAGACAGCCGAGUCCCAAAUCACGGCAGUCCUCGACGCCGUGACACAAGUAAGCAAAGAACAACCAGACAACAGAACCCUACCCGGCGCAGUCCUCGUCGGGACCCUGGCCACAGCCACCCGGGACGCCAUGCUCCGGGCCAGCGUACGCGUGACGCCCCGUCAGGAUUAUGAGUAUGAGAAAUGGUUGUUUCGCGUCGAUGAGAUUCCCGAUUUUGAGGAUGGUGUGACGUUGCCCGAAGGAGCUACGUGGGGUCCUGCUACGGAGCGAGAUUGUGAGAUUGUAGUAUCGAGGACGGAUAUUCCGCGUCAAGUAAAGACACUGUUGUCUUGGCCGAGUUUGAUUGUCAAGCUGGAGGAUGGAACGCCUAUCGCAUGGUCAUUCCUCGGCACUGAUGCUUCUUUGUCAAGUCUCCACUGCGAGCCACCAUACCGACAGCGAGGAUACGCAAAGGCCCUUGCAUCGAAGCUGAUGAAGCGGAGCUCCAGCGAGUACGGCGGCGACGGUUGGGCGUCCGCCGAUGUGGCACCGUAUAAUACGGGGAGCAAGAAGAUGUGCCAGAGUCUCGGUGGGAGGCAUACGUGGAACGUUUCGUGGUGA